AGUGCGCUCUAGGCUUAUUUAGUAUGGACGCGUUCACUUGAUGGUCGCGCGCUGCAGAAUUGUCGUCCGCGGGAGCGUCAUUCCUGAUGAAAAAGAGUGCGGAUUGAAGAGGAGCGAGGAGAGAGCGUUUGGGUUGCGAACAUGGGCAGCUGAAAGCUAGGGAACGAGUGGAAACGAAAGGUUGAAUGGUUACCUUAUACCCCUCGCCAAAGUGCUACUGUAACCGUACUGAAGGAAGUUAAAGGGGCUUUUCAGCCUCACCACAGUAACAGGAUCUUGAGGGGCGCUGCGUGCUAACGAGCUACAUGGGACAUACUUUGAAUUAUUUAAUUGCGGCUCGCGCAAGCGCGUAUUGAGUAUAAUGACGCGCAGAUGGUAGACUAAUGCGCGUUCAUGGAAAACGGACGUAUUUGCGUUUGGGAAGGUAAAAACUGACACUGUAUCGAGCGUGUUUGGCCCCUCUCGUAAUGCAGCGGUGGGGGAGGAUCGGAGCAGGGACCUCGCAGCGGAUUUCAUGUUUCGCAACAAUGUUAAUGCCCCAUACCAAGGGAUUAUAAGGCCUCAAAAUGACACCUGGUUUCCUAAUGUGCACUCAAGAAGUUGUGUAUAGACUUUUUCCUGUGCAUUUCUAUCGAUAAUAACCAAAGCUGAAAGCCCAAUUCAGCUUAAAGUCAUUAAACGGGAAUGUAUAUAUCAAGUAUUGUUGAAUGUAGCACCCAGUACAGCAUGCCAGGUCUAUGAUCUGUAUUACUUGCUUGAGUUGAUCAGGGAACCGUUUCGGAAGCUUUUGUGUAUCUUAACGCGUCUUUAUGUGUGAAGUUAUUUUGUGGUCCUCUGCGCAAAUGGCGUCUUUCCCAGACUCCGACCUGCAAACAUGUCCGCUGUGCAAGGAGCUGUGCGGCUGCUCUGCUCCGAUCUCCUCCAAUUCAUCUACCUCCUCCUCGUCCUCCCAGACCUCCAACUCCUCAUCUACCUCAUCCACCAGGAGACUGCACGUCCUGCCCUGUCUCCACGCCUUCUGCAGGCAAUGCCUAGAGGGCCACAGGAGCCCAGGUGACCCUCUGAAGCUCAGAUGCCCCACAUGCGACCAAAAAGUGUCUCUGUCGGAAUCAGGCGUGGACGCGUUGCCUUCCUCCAACUUUCUCUUCAGCAACCUGCUGGAUGUGGUGGUCUCUGCUGAGGAACAGGGCAAGAACGGUCGGUCUUCAUCGGUGGUCCAUCACGGUGGUCUUCUGAGACCCCAGCACCUCUCAGACCCUCAAUGCAGCUCUUGUGAUGAGGGCAACCCCGCUGCUUCCCACUGCCUGGACUGCCAGGAGUACCUGUGCGAUAACUGCGUCAGGGCUCACCAGAGGGUCCGACUCACCAAAGACCACUUCAUCGAGGGGCUUCUGGAGAGCUUACACCUGGCCAACCGCACCAACAACUCCAACACCCCGAUCAACAUCUCCCAGUCCUUCCAUAACAGCUUCUCCAUGCUGAAUGUUUUCCAGGAGAGGAUGGACUUCUGCCAGCAGCAUGAUGAUGCGGUGCUGCGGUUUUUCUGUGAUAGCUGCGGUGUGCCAAUCUGUAGAGAGUGCAGCUUAGGCAGACAUGCGGGUCACAGUUUCACCUACCUGCAGGAAGCACUGCAGGACUCCAGAGCGCUGACCAUCCAGCUUCUCGCAGACGCACAGCAGGGCAGACAGGCUGUACAGCUGAGCAUCGAGAAAGCCCAGGCCAUUGCUGAACAAGUGGAACUGAAGGCUAAGGUUGUGCAGUCCGAAGUGAAAACCAUCACUCUUCGUCACAAGAAAGCUCUGGAGGAACGCGAGUGUGAGCUGCUCUGGAAGGUGGAGAAAAUUCGCCAGGUGAAGGCAAAAUCACUUUACCUGCAGGUUGAGAAGCUACACAAGAGUCUCACCAAGCUGGAUAGUACUAUCGCCACAGUGACACAGGUUUUAGAAGAGGGCCGUAGCAUAGAUGUCCUGCUAGCACGAGAGCACAUGUUAAAUCAGCUACAGGAGCUUAAAUCCAUCCGCUGCAUCCUGCAGCCCCAAGAAGACGAUCGCAUUAUGUUUACACCACCAGACCAGGCUCUUCUGAUUGCCAUUAAGUCCAUGGGCCUCAUCAGCAGCGGAGCCUUCGCCACAGCUUCCAAAGCUCACGGUGAAGGCCUCAAGAGAGCACUGCAAGGAAAGCUAGCUUCCUUUACUGUCAUAGGGUAUGAUCAUGACGGUGAGCCUCGGUUGUCUGGUGCUGACAGCAUCUCGGUUGUGCUUAUGAGUCCUGAUGGUAAUCUGUCCAGUGCAGAUGUUUCCGACCACCAAGAUGGAACGUACACAGUCAGCUAUCUGCCCAAGUGCGAGGGUGAGCAUUUGCUCUCUGUGCUUAUAUGCAAUCAGCACAUUGAGGGAAGUCCUUUCAAAGUGAUGGUCAAAUCCGGUCGCAGUUACGGCGGUGUAGGCCUGCCCAUUGCAUCUUUCGGAGGAGAGGGCGAUGGGGAUGGGCAGCUGUGUCGGCCUUGGGGCAUCUGCGUGGAUAAGGAGGGCUACGUGGUGGUCGCUGACCGAAGCAACAACCGUGUGCAGAUCUUCAAGCCUUGUGGCACGUUCCACCACAAGUUUGGCACCUUGGGCUCACGACCGGGCCAGUUUGACCGCCCUGCUGGAGUCGCCUGUGACAGCCAAAGGAGAAUCAUUGUGGCAGAUAAGGACAAUCACCGCAUCCAGAUCUUUACCUUUGAUGGCCAGUUUCUUCUCAAAUUUGGUGAGAAGGGAACCAAAAAUGGGCAGUUUAACUACCCAUGGGAUGUGGCCGUCAACUCUGAAGGGAAGAUCCUGGUUUCAGAUACACGCAACCACCGCGUGCAACUCUUUGGACCUGACGGGACUUUCCUUAACAAAUAUGGAUUCGAAGGUGCCCUCUGGAAACAUUUUGACUCUCCUCGCGGCGUGGCCUUCAAUCAGGAAGGCCACCUUGUUGUGACUGACUUCAACAAUCAUCGGCUGCUUGUCAUCAGGCCCGACUGCCAGUCAGCACGCUUCCUUGGGUCUGAGGGAACCGGAAGUGGCCAGUUCUUGCGGCCUCAAGGUGUAGCAGUGGACCAGGAGGAUCGUAUUAUCGUGGCCGAUUCCCGCAACCAUCGCAUUCAGGUGUUCGAACCCAACGGCAACUUUUUAUGCAAGUUUGGGACACACGGUAACGGCUUCGGGCAAAUGGAUCGCCCCUCGGGUAUAGCGGUUACCCCAGAUGGAAUGAUUGUAGCUGUGGACUUUGGAAACAACCGAAUCCUCAUGUUCUGACCUUUUAAGGCUUGAAAUACAAAACUGUAGCUGUGGACAAAUGGAAAAGGAGAUUUUGCACAUCUAUCAGGAGCAAAUGCAGUUUUAUUUAGCAAGGUGACAACAGUUGUAGGGACUUUAUAGUUUUGUAUGAUUCUCAGUGAUUGUGUAACACCAAAUGCUUGCCGUUACAGCACACAGUUUUGACUGCUAAAGGCUAAGAGUGUUUUGCUCUUUGUAUGUGUCUUCAAAUCUUUUUUUUUCUUUCAUUUCUUUUUUUUUCUCAGGGAAUUUCUUGCAUUCUUGAAAUAUUUUCUCUCUGCAUUACACCUACCUCAUCUAGCUUAUGUAUGAAUGUAUUCACAUUUGUGCAGAGACUUAGUCCAUGAAGUUUUAUAAAGAAGCGUCUACCUCAGUGUUUUUUUUUUCGUAGAAUGUAAAAAAAAAAAAAAAAGAAAGAAAAUGAAAUGAAGCAAUGUUUGGGUAUUUGCACAGUUCGCACAAUUUUUUCCUGAUUGUUACUGUGCACAGAACGCAAGUUAUGUCCCUGAAUGUUUCUCGUAAUGAUUGAAAAAAACAAAGCUGCAUGUUUUGGCAGAAACAUUAGGAGAACGUUUUGAUAUAUCUACUGCUAUGUUUUCUUUUUUUGAAUUUUGUGUACAUUUUAAAUCAGAAUUCAUCUUUAUCUCAUACCUCAUCUAAACCUUUUACCUCAUUUACCAUAUUAUACCUCUGGGUCCAUGAGCCUCAUUACACAUUUACCUCACUUUAUGGUCUUUUCCAUUUGAAAAUUAUGCAAGUAGUUACCAAAAAUUAAUGUUGAAUAACUAAUGAAAAAGACUUCUAAACUAGACAAAUGAUCUGAAUUUAGUAAUUUAAUAGGACCCUCAUUAUGUAAUCAAGAGUUUUGCAGAAGAACAGAUAUCCAUGAUUAUUUUAAAUGUGUUAUGAUAAAAAAGUAAAAUGGUGGGUGUUCUUAAAAAAAAAAAAAAAAAAAAAAAAAAGUUGUAUUUUUUGGGAGGGACAAACUGAAAGAAUGUAGACACUAAAGUGUAUAUCUAAAUGUAAAAAUGACAUAGCCCUUAUCUUUGUGUUUCUAUAGUUUAGUUUUUUCUUUUUCAAAUGCAUGAUUUAGGCAAGGUAAACUUGAUCGCCACAACUGGCAAACACGGAUAUAAUUCAGUUCCUCUCAGAGUAAGGAUUAUAUAUAUAUAUAUAUAUAUAUAUAUAUAUAUAUAUAUAUAUAUAUAUAUAUAUAUAUAUAUAUAUAUAUAUAUAUAUAUAUAUAUGUUCUUUCAACAUAGGAUGUAUAUUAAGACCAGGUUCAUAAGAGUCUCAUUACAAACAGCUGCAUUAGAUCACAAGUUGUUUUUUGUUGUUUUAUUGAUAACAGUAUGGCCUACAGUGCUUCCUGUGUCCAUUUAAGAAAGAUCUCCAGGGAGACUAUUCACUCUGUCAGUGUAACAUCAUUUGAAAACACUUAGAAUCUAUUGAGCCCAGUUUGAAAUUGGAUAGUUCGUGCCUGACUUGUGGGUAACCACUUUAAAGUGUUGUUUGCUUCUGUGUUCAAUUGAAUAGUAAAAAAAAAAAAAAAAAAAAUAGAUGAAGCAAAGCAUUUUGGGAAAAGAAUAAAUAUAAUAUAUGAUAAUAAAGCACUGGUUUACAGCAGAACAUAAGCACAUGCUCUCCCAUUAUAGUCUGCCUGAACUUCUUAUGGAAGUUCUUUUAUGACCAACAGGAAAGUGUAUCUCACUGAAGUUGUGUCAUAACUCAGAAUAUGAAGUUUGCAAAGAGGCAAUGAGAAUCAUUAGUUUUUUCCUUUCUGGUAUUAUGUGGCCCGUGGGAAUUUGUAUGUUCCUGUUCUUGCAAGCAUCAAGUGUGUGUAUUUGGAUAUUUUGAAAUGGGCGAGCUUUGUACAAACUUCUUUCUGAAUGCGUGUGAUACCACCUUGUUUGGACAUAUGUGUGGCAGGCCCACUUACAGAACCAACUGUAUAUGUUUGUAGUUUUAACCUUUGGGGUUACUUUGCAUGGUAACAUUUAAAACCAGAAAAUUGUGGGAGAGCUGGAUGACAUGUUGGAAAGCGGUCAUGAUGUUUUGCCCCGCCGUUUUCUUGUUGGCUGCAGUUAUCUUGUGUCCUAUCAUGAGUAUUAACGUGCUUUUCAAUGUAGUUACCCGUGCCUUUCGCGAUGCUAGAUAAAUUGGAAAUGAAUUUCUUUGCCAAUGGGUGACUAUAGGAAAAAAUGCCAAAAAUGAUUCAGAAAGUCACGGGUGCAUUGAGCUUUUGGUUUUUCUUUAUGAAUAUUACCUCAUUAUAAACAAAAUAUUGACUUCAAAUUGUGGAUCAUCAGGCAUAUUUAUGUUGGAGAGAUGUUAAUUGAGAUAAUGUUGUGUUUUACGCUUGGUAAGAAUGGGAAGUAGGCAGUUAGAUUUAUGAAAAUUGAUAGACAUCUUCACAUUAGAUGAUAAUAAAUGCACAAAAAAGGACCAGCAUGGGUAACAGAAGCCCGUUUAAUGGAUGUAAGGAGCUUAUGCAAUAAGAAAUGAAAGAUUUGCUGCUUCCACCAACACAGAUCUUCCCUGUCUUACAGUAUUAAUAUCAGAUUUGAUUUGAUUAAUAUUUAGCCCCAAAGUUUUCUUCCCCCCGAAUCUCUGCACUCUCUAAACGUAUAUUUAAAGGUCCUGGUAGACGGGUGGGUGUAAAAUAAGGAUGUUGGAAAACAAAGGGAGGGUGGAAGAAAAAAUGUUUAAUGUACAAAAAAAAAAAAAAAAAAAAAAGAAUAUCGUUUGUUAGCUUAUGGUGAGUGGUUGACUAUAUGAUUGUACUAUUUCUAGAUAGCUUUACAGAGUAAGGUACCUCGCUGAUCUCCAUUCAGAUGCCUUACCACAGCUCCUUAGCUUUAGGAAUCAAAUCAGAACUGGAAAACUGCCAAAGACCUCGUUUGAAUGAAACCUCAGUGUGUGGAUGUAUUUAUAAAUCGAUUUUUUUUCAUGCUUGCCCAAAGAUUUAUACAUUUGGCAUCGAUCAUUCUUGUACUUCAACAAGCUGUCGAUAUCUUAACAUAGAGCUGAAACGCUCGUAGAACACGUCCCUGGACAAUGGCUUCGGUGUGGAACAUGAGUUUCUGAGCAGGUGCCUACAGGACCAAAGAUGAAUCCUGCUCCCACAGUUCCAGCUGUGUGCUGGUGGAGUUUUAUUUGACAAAGCUGUGACGAAUCGGGCGAGAUCAGUACAGAUAAAGCCACUAUAUAAAACCCCUUUAGCGGUGAUUUGGACACUUUUAAAAGUGUUAGUUCUACUUUGAGAAUCGAUUCGUUUUUUUUUAGGACUGAUACUUUGUCAUCUAGACAUUGUCUGGCUCAGUGGACAUGAACGUCAGUGUUAGCAAACUCAGUCUGUCUUUGAAUUUCAAAUCAUUGCAAAUUUUUUUCUUUUGUUGUUGUUUUUUAUUAUUAUUAUUUUUUUAUUUUCUUUCUUUCGUUGGACCUCCGGUCUCUAAUUGUACGGGUUUUUGUCACCAUUUCUGGUGUAUUCCAGCUUAUGACUUCUUCCUUACUGGGGAAAAACAGAAAAUGUAAGUUCAGAAUUGUGUGGUCAUAGACCCUUUUAUGAUUGUAUUAUCUUAUGGAGAGAAAAAAAGAGAUGUGUAUACACAUUAAAACAACUCAGGUAGCUUUGUAGAGAUUUGAUUAAAAUUCAAUAUUUGUUUCCUACACUUUGAUAGUGAAUCCUUUGUUAGUACCUCAUGAGCUUUUGUGUGUUUUGUUUGUAGAAAUGCUGUUAUUGAAUUCCAUGUGACGGUUAACAGUCAGUGAGGGGGUGAGCAAUUUGUAACUUUUACAACACCGUGUCUCAGCUUUGCAUUCUUCACAAAGUCCUAACUUGAUUUGAUUCAUUUAAACCUCAUGUAAUUAAAGGAAUCGUUAAUCUCUUUAAUUGAUGGAUGGAUAUAUUGUGAUAAACGUGUUUGCAUUCAACGGCUGUUACAAAAUUCAUUGCCUUUUGAUGAUCAAAAAAACUUGAAAAAUAGGUUUUCAAGAAAUUUGAGGUCAACAGACUGCCUCUAAAUUUGAAUUAUAGUGAUAAUAGAUAUUAAGACUCCUUGUCCCAGCACUGAAAAUUGAUAUUUACAUCAGGCUUGGCUGUGAGACAGGCUAAGCAAAGAGGCGUGGGGAGAUUCUGCUCGUAAGUUCUGACCUGGAAUCGGUUUUGCCUUUUAAAAUAAAAUGAUUAGCGUAGAAUAAAAGUAGCAAAUGCUGAUUCCAGGUCAGUUGUCUUUUCAGGUGGAUGAUAUUGGUUUAGGGGCCCUCCAAGAGGCCCACCAUUCUUUCCAUCUCUUUCUGUUUCACAACUCACGCUAUCCCACCAUCUAUCACCCCCUCAACCAAAGCAACAGAACAGUCAUUUAUUACUCUCUGAAUAAGGCUGAUGGGGCUAUAUGAAAUACGUAGUGGUCUCCAGUCUUGUUCUUUUGUCUUUGUGGACUUUAAACAUUUCCUAUGCAGUUUUAUUUUUUAAUGUUUGGUUGUUUAUGAUUUAAAUAAAGUUAUACCUCUUUGGAUCCUG